AGAUCAUUGGGGUUAUCAAGACUGUCUCAUACACGGAAGGUAAAGAAAAGCGAGGUAGAAGAUCAGAGAGGAGUUCACACUGCAUCAAGUCAAAUAGCUGUGAUCUGCUCUGGAGUCCAGGUCCACUUAAAGACAGCCUCCAUCUGUCCUUCUAUCCCUCCUUCCAUCCAUCCCUUCUCUAAUUACCAGACCCUGGGACCGUGAGAAGCAGGCGAGGUUGAAGGCCUGCAGUCAUCACCAUGUCCGUCACCAUGUCUACGUUCCGUUUUGGACAGCACGUCAUCAAGGCCUCAGCAGUGUUUCUGCAAACUGAGUUGUCCUUCGCCCUGGUCAACAGGAAGCCUGUGGUGCCUGGACAUGUGUUGGUGUGUCCUCUGCGGCCCGUUGAGCGUUUCCGAGACUUGCGUCCUGAUGAGGUGGCUGACCUCUUCACCACUACCCAGAGAGUGGCUGACCUGGUGGAGAAACACUUCCAGGCUUCCUCCCUCACCAUCGCCAUACAGGAUGGCCCUGAAGCCGGACAAACUGUGAAGCAUGUUCACGUGCACGUCCUCCCCAGGAAGGCAGGUGACUUUGAGAGAAAUGACAAUGUCUAUGAUGAGCUCCAGAAACAUGACCGUGAGAAUGAGGACGUCCCUUCCAGGUGGAGAACAGAGGAGGAGAUGGCAGCAGAGGCUUCUGAUCUGAGGAAACAAUUCAGCUAAACUGUCCGAUCCAGAAUCUCUAUAACGACAACUUACAAAGUUUCAAGUGAUUGUGAAGUGGAUAAUUCUUCAGUUGGCACUGUUGUUGAAAAAAGUAUUUUGAACUGAACUAAUGUGGUUGAUUAAAUUUCAUACCUA